UGGCUGUCAAUGUCAGCUGAAUACCGUGUCCGGCGGAAUUAUCGGGUAGUUUUUCAAUUUAAAAUGUAGGAACCAUAGCUAUAGUUAUUUAAAUGGCCAGUCAGGCAUCAUCGGCUGUCACUGUCGUAACUUGCAAAAGUUGUAACACUUCUGUAACUCAGCAACCCGGGACAAGGCGGACAAUUUGCCCAAAUUGUGGGAAUUUCUACGAUCCCCGGGCUGCCGUUGAUGCUCGACUACGAAGUCGAAGGAAACCCCCUGAAGAAAAAUUACCGGAAUUACAGAAAAAUGAAAAAGAAAAAGAAAAGUCAGGAGGCGCAUUUCAAUCAAUAGCUAAUUUUUUCCACAAUCUGGGAUCUAGUAAAAAGAAAUCAAACAAUGAUUUGUCUGAUGAACAAAGUUCAACCAGUACUUCUCUCCCACCAAUAUCACACGAUAGUAAAGGACGUUUAACUGUGACUCCACAAACAUCUGAAGAUAGUGGGUGUCAGAGCCGCUCAAGCCAACGCAAUCAAAAUUCUCCCCAGAAAGUUGUCUAUCCAGUAAGAACAAAAACAGCAGAAGUGUUGAAGUCUGAAGUAGAGGCAGCACAUGCUUCUGGAAAUUGGAAAGAAGUGCAAGAUUUCUAUGCAACUACCUUUGAUUCUUUCCUAGAGCUCAAUGCUGCAUUCAAGGAAAAAGAAAAAGAAAAGUCAGGAGGCGCAUUUCAAUCAAUAGCUAAUUUUUUCCACAAUCUGGGAUCUAGUAAAAAGAAAUCAAACAAUGAUUUGUCUGAUGAACAAAGUUCAACCAGUACUUCUCUCCCACCAAUAUCACACGAUAGUAAAGGACGUUUAACUGUGACUCCACAAACAUCUGAAGAUAGUGGGUGUCAGAGCCGCUCAAGCCAACGCAAUCAAAAUUCUCCCCAGAAAGUUGUCUAUCCAGUAAGAACAAAAACAGCAGAAGUGUUGAAGUCUGAAGUAGAGGCAGCACAUGCUUCUGGAAAUUGGAAAGAAGUGCAAGAUUUCUAUGCAACUACCUUUGAUUCUUUCCUAGAGCUCAAUGCUGCAUUCAAGAAAGAGCCAUCCAAGGAAUAUAAGACUACAGAUGAUCCUGGAUUAAAAACAGAGUUAGUCAAUACUGUUUUUGAUUUCUUGCUGGAUUUGCCACAAGACAUACAAAAGAUUGUGCUCAAGGCCAUUAUUAACAGUCUGUUAAAAGAUAAAAGACCUCACCAUGAUGGAGCAGCAAAGCAACCUCAUUCUAAAGAUGAUUUAAGGGCGUACCUGAUAUUGUUACAAAAUCCACAGUUUGAAAAUGUGGCCACUUAUGUGAUAUUAGCUCACCUACUGAGACAGGUUGCCGCCCUGUCUGAUCAAGACCAUCAUUUUAUGGUUCAUUGGAUGAAAGUUAUUGAGGAAAAAAGAUUCAAAGAUGUAAUCAACAGGCUCCAUCUAUUUGUCUCCUGUCGCCUCUUCCCACCGAAACCCCAAGAUUUGCCCCCCAUGUCAAAGUGUACCUGGUGGAUACCCAGCGCCACUAAAGUUCUGGCAUUGCUAAAUGCCGCCAAUAAUGUCCAAGUCCCACCUCUAGUCAAAUACACUGAAUUCUACAAUACCACCAUUGACCAUCUGGAUGUUAUGGCUGAAUACUAUGCAUGGCAGAAUCCAAGUACACACCCUGGUUUCACUUUUUGCCAGUACCCAUUUAUUCUAAGCAUAACUGCUAAGAGAACAAUCCUUCAAAGAGACUCAGAGCAGCAGAUGAUAGUCAUGGCAAGGAGAAGUCUGGUUGCCAAAGUACAGCGGAGACAGCUUCCUGACAUUGGGAUGUUAUUUAUGAAUCUCAAUGUGCGAAGAUCUCACCUAGUCUCAGACUCUCUAAAUGAGAUUGCCAGAAAGCAGCAUGAUCUGAAGAAGAAGCUGAAGGUGACAUUUGAGGGAGAGCCAGGACUGGACAUGGGGGGGCUGACCAAGGAAUGGUUCCUGCUUCUCAUUCGUCAGAUAUUCCGUCCAGAAUACGGUAUGUUUACAUUUGACAAAGAAUCCAAUGUCUACUGGUUUAGCAGUGCACCAUGUGAUAACUAUCAGGAAUUCAAUCUAGUUGGAGUUCUUAUGGGUCUGGCUGUUUACAACAGUAUUAACUUGGAUAUUAGAUUUCCACUCUGCUGCUACCAGAAGUUGUUGAGCCCAGCUGUGGUCCCAUAUAACAACCCCUCUGCAACAGUAGGGGUUACCCCCUUGGGAGUGGAUGACUUGAGUCUCACAAUGCCAGGUCUGGCUAAAGGACUGAAAGAACUGUUAGAAUAUGAGGGAGAUGUAGAAGAUGACUUCUGCAUGACUUUCCAGGUUUCACUGACAGAAUUUGGCCAUACAAGGACACACAGCCUCAAACCUAAUGGAGAAAAAAUUCCUGUCACCAACAAAAAUAGAAAAGAGUAUGUCCAACUGUAUGUGGACUGGAUUCUGAACAAGUCAAUAUAUUCCCAGUUUCAAGCUUUUUACCAUGGAUUCCACAGCGUGUGUGCAUCAAAUGCACUCAUUAUGUUGCGCCCAGAGGAAGUGGAGAUGUUGGUAUGUGGGAGUCCUGAGCUAAACAUGGAAGACUUGAAGAAAGUCACCACAUAUGAUGGCUACACUGCUUCAGAUACAACCAUCAAGGUUUUCUGGGAGUUGGUCUGUAGCAUGCCAAAGGAGCUGCAGAAGCGUUUGCUGUUGUUUACAACCGGCAGUGACCGAAUACCAAUUGGGGGCAUGUCAGAAAUGCAGUUCAAGAUCACCAAAGUGGAUGGACAGAAUGUGUUGCCCAUGUCACAUACCUGCUUCAAUCAGCUUGUGCUGCCAAACUAUAAACACAAGAAGACUCUGAAACAAAAACUGUUGAUUGCCAUACAAAAUGCGGAGGGGUUUGGCAUAGAAUAGAGAUACUGGAAAAAACUUUCCUGUUGACAUUGAAGAUUUCACAUGCAUAAUUUUAUUUUGCAAUAAUUAGAUAAGUCAGGAUACGAGUCAUGUUCUUUCAUCUGGUCUGUUCUGAAAAAAGAAAUUGAAAUUGAUAGCAGGAUGUAACAUUUUGAUUAAUGAUAAUAUCACUGUUGUCUUUCACUGCAUGUAUUAAGGGACAUAAUAGUGCCAGCACUUGCUCUGUUCUGUUAGCAAGAAGUAUCACAAAAGGCACAAAGUUGUGAUGAAGAGAGUUCUAUAUUCUUCACAUUUUAAGUUUCGAUAUCUAUCACAAUUUAUUUAUUAAAAGUUAAGCUAAUUGAUCACUACCUUUUGAGAAGUGUAAUGUUGGCAACUCACAAGGUGUUAAUCCUUUUUUCUGUAAAGCAGAAGUGGUUUCCACGAUUUAAGUGGAAAGUGACAUAGUUGUGGGGAUUAUAUGUUCUAAUUGGAUUCAAGGAAACUUUCCAGGUGGUAAUCAGAGAACUGACUAAACCCAGAGCCCCUUGCAUGUGUUAAAAAUCAGAACUGUUCGUCUGAUCAAAGAACUGGAUGGUAAUAUAAGACAAGUAAGAGAGGGGGUGGGCACAAAUGUGAUAUAUCUAUGAAUCUCAUUUACGAGUUGAUGUGCAAUAUUAGAAUUUUAAAAUGUCAUAUUUGACUGGGGACAAAUAAUUCGUCAAGUAUUUUGUUAUAUCUGUGAGGACUUAAGUUAUACAUAUUUUAAAAAGAGUUAUUUAUUUUACAAAUGCAUCAUACAAAUGUUCUAUAUGCCAUUGAGCAACCUUGCAAUCAUGUGCAGCAUGAAGCAUGAAUGGACUGUGUUGUAAAAACACUGGAUUUUUUCAGGUUUACUGAAAGUUAUAUACACUAUUAUUAUUAUUUACAAAAUUGUCCAAAGCACAGAUUUUUCCCCUGUAAGAGUGUAACAUUCCAUAUUCAACAACUGGAGGAAUAAAAAAAAUUCACUUAAUUUAGUUGUAUGUUUUUUUUUUG